GGGAAGGAGAGGACGCCGCCGCCAUAUUGAGAGCGAGCUCGGGACACACCGGCUCCUGUCCCCCUCCCACCCCAAAGCAACAUGUCCGAGACUUACGAUUUCCUAUUCAAGUUUCUGGUAAUCGGCAGUGCGGGAACAGGGAAGUCAUGUCUCCUCCAUCAGUUUAUUGAAAACAAAUUCAAACAGGAUUCAAACCAUACGAUCGGUGUGGAGUUUGGGUCGAAGGUAGUUAAUGUAGGGGGCAAGACAGUUAAACUACAGAUCUGGGACACAGCAGGACAGGAACGUUUCAGAUCGGUAACACGGAGUUAUUACAGGGGAGCUGCAGGUGCACUUUUGGUUUACGACAUUACAAGCCGUGAGACUUACAACGCGCUCACAAACUGGCUGACGGACGCCCGGACGCUUGCCAGUCCCAAUAUCGUGAUCAUUCUCUGCGGGAACAAGAAGGACUUGGAUGCAGAUCGAGAGGUCACGUUCUUGGAGGCGUCUCGCUUUGCACAAGAAAAUGAGCUGAUGUUUCUGGAAACCAGUGCGCUGACUGGAGAAAACGUGGAAGAAGCAUUUCUGAAGUGUGCUCGGACCAUUUUAAAUAAAAUCGAAUCAGGUGAGCUUGACCCUGAGCGCAUGGGCUCAGGAAUCCAGUAUGGUGAUGCCUCGUUACGCCAACUGCGGCAGCCUAGAGGUAUGCAGACACAAAACAAACAACAGUGCAACUGCUAGGCACAGUGGCAGGGACCUGAUGCUGCAGAGCUCACAAAAAUGGAGUGCUACAACUCAAUCAGUUUGAUGGAAACUUUAGAACCAGAGGAUGAAGCACUGGCCUUGGCAUAUUUUUCUGGGGGUUGGUGCCUUGCCUUGAGGUCUAAUGAUCCAGAGCUCCUACCUGUACAAUAUAAUGUGUGUCAUCUGCCUGUUUAGUGAGCUAUCCUUACAAUUCCAAUGUUUUAUAUAACUGUAUUCCUUUCAGUUGACCUUCCUAGCCACGUAACUACACAGGGUGCAAAGAGGAACAUAUAAUUUCUGCUUUAUAAAACAAAGUUGAAAGUGCACAUGAGAUGAUGUGAAACAAUUGAUCUCUCGUUGGGCUUUUUGUUUGUGAAGUGAUAGUCAAUUCAUAGCAUAUUGGCCGACUCUGUGCAAUAGACUGUAUUCAUCACUGCCACUGAGUAUGUUGAUUAUUCAAAAGUGGCUUUUGUAUAUAGAAUCCAUAAUUUCCCAUAUAACAUAACCAUAAUGCUACUGGCUCAAUAUAACUUUUAAUUUAACUUUCUUAACCAGGAACAUGUUCAUUUGGUCCCAGUCUGUGUCCAGUGUUGGUCAACACCUCCUUUUUGCACUGGAUGACUGGUCCGUUUGCUCUUACUUCAAUCACCAAAGCCUGUUCUGGUUUUGUGUUUUAGUUGCCUGCCUCCUAAUCUACAAUACUCCUUCCCUCACCUCAAGCUAUCUUGAUUGUCUCUUGACAUUUCACUUGACUUAUAUGUAGGAGUAACAGUGCAUUUUCUCUGGAGAGUUUUGCAACCGGUCUCUCGGUAUUCCCUUUACUUCUGCCUCACUCCAUUACCCUCUCCAUGCCUCGUGAGGGAGUUUAGGAGAAUACAGAGCCAGAGAUAGUCCACUCUUCCCCUCAAGCCUGCUUCACAAUGCCGUUAGAUUAUAGCUGGCCCAGACUGUAGAUCUAUUUAGCUGCCUUUGUUCCACGUCCCUCCAAGCUUCUACGCAACAAAAAUCUGAUAGUCACUCUUUGGUUUUGAUUGACCCAGCAUCCACAGCCUUGUGAGGAUAGUGUUCCAGAUUCCCACCUUUUUUUUGGGAUGGGAAAAAGUGUUUCCGACUUAGGGGCAGGUGUUCGUGGAGAGGGUUGCAGUUUGAGCAGAGAACUCGGGUGAGGGGAGUGCCCAUCUUCACUCCCUCCUGUGUUGUGUUGUCUUCCUUUCCUGACUUUGGUUACAAACGGAAGCUAGAAGUUCCAGAUCCUGUUGCUGUUCUGGUAUCAGGGGGUUAAACCCUACCACCACUCAUUUCCUGUCUGGGUCAUUGGAGGUGAAUCCCUUUCCUGUGCCGCCUCAUUCCCCCUCAUAAAAUGCCAGCUGGUCAAAUGCUUUGGUAACCCAGUCUAAAUAUUUAAUGCAUUUAAAAGGAAGUCACCUUGGUACCCUACAGCUAAUGCAAUGUUUGUAACUCCUUUUACUGUGCUGUUAAACCUUGGAGCAUUAACCUAAGCCAAGAAAGCAACUGACUGAGUAAAUUUUGAUUCAUCAAGUUAUUGAGCCCAAAGCUGAUGGAAAGAUUCUGUCCACUGGGACCAAAGCAGCCUCAGGAUGUGCAAAGUGGCAGAUUUGGGUCCAGCUUUUGCUUUGAGAGCUGUUGCACCACCUAUCAUACAUCUCUCUCUGUCUGUCCCUCCCCACCCGUCCAUCCCAACCGGACAAAGAAUUGCCAUUGCUGUAAGUUCCUUUCAGACGUCAAUGUGAGCCUGAUUGUUCCUUGAAUAAUAUUCCUGCUUCUGGAUUGAAUAAUAGGCUCGUGUUUCAAAGGAAGUUUUGUAAUGGUUGUGACUUUGAUGCAAUGGUCACGUUGCAUCAGCCCUCGAUGUAUCAAUCCAAAUAGUCUCCCAAAUACCCCGCCCUGGAAAAAAAACACCCUCCAUCAUUGACAUUUCAUUUAUCAGGCCAUUUCUCUCAAAACUCUACCACAGUAACAAUAUGGCCUGCAUGGGUUCUGAGACAGCAGUGAACAGCAGGCUGGAGCUGUAAAUAUAUCUGCACUCCCAAUUAGUAGAUUCAUGAGCUAUUAAUCAGGCAGAACCAAGGUCCUAUCAACUCUUGUCUGAACAGUUGGUCUGUACUGCGAGCUGGAGUUCCUGCACCUGAUCACUAUGCGCUGUGUCCUCAGUUUGCAAACAGCAGGCUUAAACUUGACUGUGCUAGUAAUUCCCUCCACCUCAACCCAAGGUCACCUUUGAGAUUGGGGAUAUAUGUACUGACAACUUUUUGCCUGUAUUGUUUGCACAUUCACUGAUUGAUGUUUUGCAGAUGCCCUUCUCGUUCUUUCCAAGAUCACCUUUAACUUAAUGUCCUCGUUUGUUUCUGACCCUUGCUCAUAGAGCAAUUAUACUCCUUCCCAGGUAGGGAACAUCAACAAUUGAACUGUAGUGUGAUGCUUCUUGAUUACAGUCUUGCCCUAUCAUUUAUCUGUCCCUAAUGCUUUCCCCAGUAGAGCAAUACAUCAAGUGCUGGACCUUGGUCAGGAUAUCACGUUUGAGCUAAUGAGAGUUGAAAUUCAAUAAGUAUGCCGAAGUUCUACAGAACUGUGCUGCUCCCCGAUGUCUAGCAUCCUGUAUGACUCUAUUCCAUACAGUACUGUUUUACAACUUUACAAAAAAAUUCCUAUCUAAUCCCACCAUAUAGAGCUGCCCUCAGCUCGACCUGAUCUGACUUGAGUUCUCACCAGCUGCAGCACGUUCCACUCGUCUGAACCCGAUGCGGUUGAGAUUAGUUUCCUAGUUUACAGCAGACUCGGCCUGAGCCGGACUCGAACCAAAGUCGACCCAUUGAAAAGGAGCUUGAGCUUGACUCUGAACUCAUCUUACCAUGCUGGCUUUGCUCAAACGUUCUGACGAUUAAAACCCCAGCUAUGUUUCCUACAGUGAUGGAGGUGAAUAAAGAAGGUUUUAUAAAUAUAUACAGGAGAGAAACAUUGCCUGUUGUAAAACUCUGGGCUUGUGUUUGUUGUGUUGUUGUAAUUGCCCUUCAUUAGGAACAUGUUGGUUUGCCAUAUUCGUGUGUGUAAAGAAAAGGUGAUACUUGGAGUUGAAGCCAGUUGCAGCACACUGGGGGAGUAAUGUGUGAAUGACUGGUGAGGACAUUAUUGUACAAUGAACCUGUUUCUCCACACACGUGCACACUUUAAUAUGUAGUGGUUUAUUCAAAGUACGAUUGCUGUAAAACAGAAUACUGUUUCCUCAGUGAAACUGCCCAGCUUAAACUUGAUUCAGUUGGUCUUGGCUUAUCGUGUGGAUCCGUUCCACACAAACCUCUGCAACUGGCAUUGGCGGUUAUUGUGGUCAAAUAAGGAAACCCUUGUGUUAAUGUUGGAUAGAGAUAUUCCAGAGUUUAAACCCCCCCUAUUGGCAAAAUACAAAUGAGGCAAAUGUGAGAUGAUUUCAGAAUGCUAAAAACGCAUCAGGGGUUAGGAUAAUGAUUAAACCGCAGUUCUAGACUUCCGGUUUAUGAAAUCGCUUGACCCUCUAGUAUGUUGCAGAAUUGGUUCACACAGGCCGUAUUUGGUGGCGCAGACCCUACAUGGUGCCCAGCUCUGUCGAGGCAUAGCAAGCCAGCUGGCGCUGCUGAGGUUCAUCAGGUGACCUUCCUCUGUGCCCUUUGGCCUGCUUCUCCAUCUGAACUUUGACCUUCAGCAAUGGAGGCACCAGUGGUGGUAGUUGGGCAAGAUUCCCUGUCACUCCACCUGCUUCCCCUUUACAAAGAGCACAGGAAUUCUGUGCCAGCUCCCCUUGGAGAAAGGGCCCCUUAUUUGUGUGAAUGGCAUUGCCAUUGCCUUGUUUUCUGUAAUUGUGCAAAGGUAUUUUUCUCUGAAGUAACAGGUUUCCAGUAAGAACAAUUGAAAGCAUGUGUUUGCCAAGUAGGAAUAGCAAACAUGACCCUCACUGGAUAUUGCACUCUGCCCAGAAUUGGGUAUUGGGCUAUGCUCUGGGUCAGUGGCCAUCACCAGAAAGCUGGCACCACUACUGUACAAGCUGGUACAACUGGAUGCUUGGCAUUUCUUUCAGCUCUGUAGGCUUUCAGUUUUCUGGGGUGUGAUCCCAAAGCUGUGGAAAAGCUGCACUUGUUGUUCUGUUGCUAUAAUUUGAGGAGGCUUUCUCAAACAUCGGAGUCUGUUGGCCUUCCUGCAGCAGCCGGCAGUAAUGUUUUGUCAUUCCACCACUUUGAUGUGCAGAACCAAGUUAGCAACUCUGUCCCCUGGACUCGGCUCCCUGUCGCAGCUGUGUGUGGGUAGGUCUUAGCCUGCUGGUCAGUUGAUGAAUGGCUCACUGCCCUAUUUUAAACCCACUGAUGGAUCUUAACACAAAACGUUUUCCUUGGGUUUUCAUGAGCCCAUUUAAAUGGAAGGCUGGCUCCCUUUUAUCAUUAACCAGGAGCCUUCCCCCAAUCCUUUGUAAGUGGCAUUUUUUAAAAUCCACCAUAACCAAAGAGAAGCUGCCAGUUCUUUUCCUUUCCUCUGCUACCUGACAUCUCUCUGCGCACCUUCUGUGCACUUGCUUCUCUUGAAUAAAAAUGCAACCGAUCACUCCUCCUCUGUCCCUCACUCGUGGGGUUGGAUGAGGCACAGGAAUGGGAUCAAAAUGGAAUCUUUGGAUAACUAGUAGCAGCAACAGUUUCCUUAACAUUAAAAACAAUCUUGCUUGUGUUUACCCCUCCCUCUCUCUUCAGUCAUCGGACUGAGAUGCUCAGCUUUGAAAACCUUUUAGAUUUUCUUACACUUGGAAUUGUAUCUAACAAAUGUAUAACAUGAGUGGCCCUUCGUUUUUAAAAUCUAUUGGUUUUUUUUCCCCUUUUUCUGAAUACCAGGUACUGUUCUCCCCCAGUUGUGCCUGAUGCAGUCAGUAAUGUUCGAAUAUCAUUGAUAUACUCCUUGCCAGGUUUGCCCCAUGCCGUUUCUUCAUGUGCCUUCGGGUUGCAUCCACUGUCCAGUCAUUUUAACACUUAUCAGAAGUCAUUUUCUCCCACCCUCACUCCAACCACCAAACCGAUUAAUGCUGGUUCAAAGCCUGUGUACUGGACCAUCCACUGGACUGAUUGAUUUUUGCACUGUGUCUGUAGCGUGUCACUGGAAUACUCAUCUUGUUGAGGGUCUGAUCCCCUAGCAAACUAUCGGGAAACUUUUAAAGCUUUGCACUUAAAACAUUUGAAGCAGCGAGAAUGUCUUGCAGUGGGUGUGUUUAGGUGAAGGCCCGCUUAAUCCAACCCUCCACUCCAGAUGUGUGGGCCAUGUGGUCAGCUGGAAGGCUGUGUCUCAGUUUUGUGGUGAGCCCUGGGGAGAAAGGAUAUGUUGCUGGGGAGGAAAGGUGGGGAGAGUGGGGCUCAAUGCUGAGGGGCUGCAAAGUGCUGUAUUUCUUAUAAUAGUCUCUAUAACUGGGAAAGGGAGAGUGCGGGAGGGAAAUGUACCCGUUUGCGUGGUGAGCAUGUCUUGCCCCAGGCCACACCACUAACUUUCUUCCUAAAGCUGCACUGUAUUGUCUGUAAGCUGUCAUUAUUUUGUUUUGUUGGUGAGUUUGGGUGCAUGCUGAUUUCCUCAUUGCCCUGCAGGUGUUAGAGUAGUUGUGUCAACCCAUUGCACAAUGCAGAAACCAUGGUUACACCAGAAAGUGCAGUUGGCCUAACCAACAUAACUGUCAGUUCUCCUAACCUAAGUUCUGCAUGUGCUGCUUUCUGAAGUCUUUGUGCCCCUUUAAUUGACAUGCAGUUAUGUUCCACUUAUUAGUCACAUGGUUUGUUUGAUGGCUGAGAGUGAGCGAGCGUGUUUCCCUAUAAUUUUGUAGGUAAUACAGUGUAGAUGUGAUCUCCCAUCGACGUUAUCGACAGUCACUCAGGGCUGGGGUGUUGACUCUGGCACUAAGCGUGGUGAUGCUGGUUUGCUUUAUUCCCUUUCCUUUUUUCAAAACAAAAAGGAACUGGAUGGCACCGCAGUGAGCGAGCAGCCAGCUGGUUCACUCUGGUCAGACACGAGUGAUAGCGUUACUAUGACAGCCCAACACCUUUCAGCCUUUGUUCCAGAAUUACAGUGAGUAUGGGGCAGAGGAUAUUGCUGGGGUAUCUCAAAGCUGUGUUCAUUUCCUGUUUGAGCACUGGAAGGAAUCUAUCCCAGCCACAGCCACACCCAGAGGAGAGCUGCCACUGAUUGCUCAGGUGAUUUGCCACCCCAGUGCCCCCUCCUGUGUUAUAUCGGUCUUUACUUACAUGAAAGCCUAAACACUGGAUCCUUACACCCAUUAUGAAGCCCAAGUCUCUGGAGUAGCAAACAGCACCGACUCUCUCUAGUUCUACUCGUGCUGCGUACCCCAUGAAUUAUUUUAUUUUUUAAAAUGCUAUGAAUGAGGCAAUUUUUGCAGUUGUCUUAAUGGCCAGUAUGUAUAUUUGAAGCCCAGUUUUGCUCUGUAAAUAGGUCAGGUUUUUGACUCUGCCUCCUGUGUUUUAUGCUGCUUUUUUUUUGGUCAAUGUUAUUUAUUUCUGUGUAUGUUUUUGGUUGUUCUGUGAUUAUAAACUGCUCCUCGAGUGUUUGUGUUCAUUUGAAGGAAGAGGUGUUAAAUCCAGGCUACCUGAGCUCUAAAUCGAACUGGGUAGCAGAGCACUUGAGGCUUUCAUUUUGCUGACACUCCGAUUAAUUCACGGGUGGGUGCUGUAAAUCCGCUGCAUUGUACAGUUCUCAUCGGCUGUUUCUCGUUGCACCGUCCUUCCAAUAGACCCAGCUCCUCCUCACCUUGUCGAGGUCGGAGGUCUUGGUGACAGUAGCUUACCCUUUCCGUCCAACCCUGCAGCCGAUGUGAUUCAUUCCUGACACAGCUGCUCAAAUGAAUGAGCGUCAGUGAAAGACCCUGACACUUCCUUUAACCCAGGACCACUCAAAGUAAACGGGGAGGGGGAGCAAUUUAUGGUGGAGGGGGUGGGGUCACGAGUUCUCAGACCACCCAAACAGGCCCAUGUGGUCACACUCAUGCCUUGAGCAUUCACUUCUCUACUCUUUUACCUCUUUGUGAAUUUUGCAGAGUCCUAAGCUAUCAUUGCAUCCUAACUCCCAUAGCAACAACCCUUUGCCUGUAUCCCUCUAUUACAUGUUCCCUGAUACUGAGCUCGCUUGCCUGUUGCCUCCUUGGUAGUGCAAGUUUGGUUUGGUGGGGUGGCUGGUCGUGAUAUUAGAGUGUGAUGGGAGAGGAAAGUGAUUAGUCACAAAGCAGCAAGUGAAAGGACUUCAUUUAGCCCAACGAGGCUAGCUUCUUGUGUAUGCCCAAGUGGAGGAGCUUUUAAUGUCCGUCAGUCACUCACUGAGACCAGCUGCUGUGGCACAGUGCAGCUGAGAGAGAUGGAGGAAAGGUAAGUUGCUUCUCUCUCUCCCCCAGCCACCGUUGAUCGGUGAGCAGUGGAUUGUGUAAAUAGAGCUUUUUGUGUGUCCCAUUCUCCCCAUUGCCACCUUCUGCUCACUGUCUUCACUGGAGAGGGUGGAGAAAUGAGGGCGCAAUCUUGUGGGAUGUCAUCGGGAAUCUGGCCCCUGGCUGGAACAGGAGCAAGGUUGCUCAUUGACCACACUAGAGUAUGCAGUUUGGAUGAGGGUACUUCCUGGGAACGCUGCAGUCGAGUUAUCCAGAUGUGCUUGCAGCAUCUGGAUCUGCAAUUUGUGCCCCCCUACCAACUCCUCGGACAGCUGGAUUCCUGUUUACCAUCCCCAACCCCUCAGAACAACUCCAUGUCCUGGGUUUCACUUGCUAUUCAGUUUAAAGACCUCGUGAUGUACCCCUGCAUCCUGGGCUUUGAUUCUUGUGGCACAGGACUGAUUGACAGACGGGUCCCAUGGCUCCAGUAUUCUCCACUGUCCUAAGUUGCCAGUGUUGAAGUUUUUGGCUUUCUAUUUAAAGCGCCCAAUUGCAGUUUGCCAGUGUGGAGUGCAACAUGGGGCACACAAAAGGCUUGAGUGUCAGUCUCUCCUCCCUCUAUAACGUCAAGAGCAUCAGUGUUCCACUGCUCCUCUUGCUCUGUUUGUGUGAAACUCCGUCAAGCAGAGGAUCCAACUGUCCUGCGCUGUUGAGGUGUGCCAGGGAGGGCAUACGCUGGGAUAUUGCUUUCCCCUGUGCCCAUCAAACCAAAUCCAAGGGCAGUGUUCCAGUACUGUUCAGGGAAUGCAGAAUAGAAACCUGUGUGUGUUUGUUUCCACACUCCCCUUUCUGUCGUGGGAGCUGCAUGAUUUGAGGAUGUUUUCUGUGCCCUUUGCAUUCCUGUUGAGCUGUAGGCCUGUUUUAUUUGGUGUUUGGCCUUGCAUGUGUGUACAAGUAGGUGAGGUUAGACUUCGUGUUGGGAAAGGUUCUUCUGUGGUGACACAUGAGACUCAGCAUCUUCUCCCCGCCCUUCCCCAGAGGGCAGUGUUUGUUAAAAUCAAUCUAGCGAUUGGUGCGGGUCUCCAUUCUGGGUGUCCAAAGGCAGCUGCUGUGCUCAGAAAGAUGCCUCAUGCAGUUACUUACUCCUGGAGACUGGAGUUAUGCUCUUCCGUUCUGUUUGUGUUCAUCACCGUCACUGGGUGAGGGAUAAAGACCUCAUGCAGACACACGCCUCAGCCCCCCACCAGUGACACUCCUUGAGUAUGUGUACCUGCAUCUUAAAACUCUUUUCACCCUGAGAGUUCAGCUCGUGGCUAAUCUUGCUGGUAACCUACCCCCUUUAUACUGUGGUACACAUUAGACGCAAUGAUAGCGUGUCUCCCCUCUCUCCCCUCCCCCGACAAACUGUCUCAUAUCCCACCCCUGUGUGUGCAAACCUUCUUAUAGUCUGAAACUAGCUGUACAGGAAAUACUGUUCGUUCAUUGGCCAGAGGAUGAUCCACACUCCUGGGGGUUGGUUGGGAACUCUGAUUAAGUGAUCAAUCCUGGGUGAAUAAGACAAACUAUCUGGUCUCUGUGGCCUCGACGUAUGGUGGGGGUGUCAGGGAAACUAAUCGCCACCAAGUUACACACAUUGGCCAGCAGCCUUCCCACCAUCCCUCUGAAAUUCAGCCACGCAAGUUACUUUGAAGAUGCUUUUAAUAAUUUGAGCACAUGUACUUAAAAGAGACAUCCCUCGCUUUGUUUACGCCAACUCUUUUCCUUGCCAUCAUUGUAAUAAAAUGUGGGGGUGGCGGCAUUCUGGAAACUUCCACUGCAAUCACAGGUGGCUCAACCGUGAUCUCAAUGAGUCUGGAUGACUAACAGUGGAAGCAAAAUGCAGUAACCUCUUGGGGGUACCAUGGCCUUCAAUAUAAAUAACCUGAUGUGUACAGAGACUGCGCUGUAAAAUCUAAUGAAUAGCACUGCUGUGAUUCGAGGAAAAGAGUGAAUCUGCAAUAAUUCCUUGUGUUAAAUUGUUUUUGGAUUUAUUUUUGCUUAUACAUACAUUCAUACAUAAAUUGCAAAUUUUUUUUUAACAGCACGUUGCCUCAGAUGUACCAGAUUCCUGUAACAAAGUCAUUGAUUUAAUUAAAACAUAUCAACAAAUACCUUG